CGCCUCCAAAUACAAGUUUCUUCUGCAGUGACAUAGCUUAAGAAGUCUUGCCGAAAAGAUAUGUGGCAUGCUGUUAAUUUCUCUGAAACUUACAGCAUGUUAUAAAGAACAGAUUACCUAGAUAUUUGCUUAUCGAGGACUACAGUUCCUGUAAUUUCCGUUGUCAUCGGCCUAUUAGCUAUCUUAGCGACCGUUAGCUAUAGAGAUGCACACUUUUAGCUAACUAGCUUGUCUUUCUAUACGUUAGCUAGCAUGCAAAGACCGUUGUGAUAUUGAGCACUUUUAGUUUUUCAUAACACCGGGGUUGCAAUGUAGGACACACUAACCUUUUAAGACAUCCCGUGGUACAUGUUUAUUGUAAGCGUCAAACAUGACUCUUCCAGCUUUGCAAAAUACGACAGUGUUCUUUCGAAGGAUACUCUCUCAGUUUCCUCAGGAUAUAAGUUUGGCGUUUGCAUAUGGAUCAGGUGUAUUUAAACAACAGGGAACCACUCAAGGUCAAAUGGGGAAAAACAUGCUGGACUUUGUGUUUGCUGUGGACGACCCGGUCACCUGGCACACAAUGAACUUGAUGCAGAAUCGAAGGCAUUAUUCUUUCCUGAAAUACCUCGGGCCCAAGCAGAUCAGCACCAUCCAGAAUGAGCACGGAGCUGGGGUGUAUUACAACACCUUAGUGCCCAUAGACGACAGGAUGAUAAAGUAUGGCGUCAUUAGCACCCAAACCCUGAUUGAUGAUCUGCUGCACUGGAAGACCAUGUACAUUGCUGGUAGAUUACACAAGCCAGUGCGUAUCGUGCUGCAGGGGGAGAGUGGGAAGCUGCGGGCCGCCCUGGUGGGCAACCUGAAGAGUGCCGUCACCGCUUCCUUCCUCAUGCUGCCAGAGAGCUUCUCCGAGGAGGACCUCUUCCUUCAGAUCGCUGGCCUCUCCUACUGUGGGGAUUUCAGAAUGGUGUUUGGAGAGGACAAGUCCAAAGUGCUCAAUAUCGUCAAGGACAACGGGCCGCACUUCAAAACCUUGUACAGCACCAUCUUGCAGGAGUGUCCACAGGUGGUGUACAAGCCACAACAGGGCAAACUAGAGGUGGACAAGAGUCCAGAGGGGCAGUUUUUACAGCUGAUGGCGCUGCCUCGAACCCUCCAGCAGCAGAUCACCCGGCUGGUGGACCCUCCAGGGAAGAACCGCGACGUGGAGGAGAUCCUGCUGCAGGUGGCACAGGACCCUGACUGUGGAUUAGUAGUGCAGCAAGCAAUCGCAUCAAUAGUGAAGAUUUCAAGCUUAACACAGAGUGCCAAAGGAAUAGCCACUGCGGGGACGUUGAAAGCUGCAUCCUACAGUGUCAAAAAGCUUAACAAAAUGUGGAAAGGUUGGAGAAGGAAACCAGCUUGACCUUUCGCUUCUGUCGCGUCUCCUUCCUCCGUGCUGCUCCGACAACGUGCUGAAUUUCCGUGAAACUGAGCCUGAUCUGCCUGCCCCUGCGAACACAGUACACCACACUCUUCAGGUUUUAACACACACUCCUCAUGAUUGCAAAGUGCAGAUGUGUCUUGCGCAGUGUACAAGCACUGCAAAACAUGCACUGAUUGGAAUGGAUUAAAGAAAAAACGCCACCUAUUUGCUUUCUUGAUGGCAUUGCAUACUCUUUUGUGGCCCAGUGUGCCUCAUGAGGUCAUUCUGGGUACAUGACAGUUAUUGUCAUCUUUGGAGGCAACUCCAUUUUCCUCCCUGGGCUAAGAAUGGGAUUUGUCUAACACUGGUGAUCAGAGUGUGUUCCUUUACCUGCACUGGUGGUGCUGCCAGACUGAGAGCAUGUUACAUUUGAAAACAUCACAGCUGGAGCUGAAGAGGAACAAUAUUUUGAACAAAAGCAUUAGCUAAAUAAUCCAAAAUAAGAAAAAUAAAUGAUGUUGGAAUAGUGAAAUGGAUGCAUUUAAGAUCUUUGAUUGGCCUCACAGGGUAAGAUGUAUAAUUAUAUGUAUAAGAUGUAUCUCUUAAGAUAUACAAAGUAAUAUCUUGUAUAUAUCGUAAACAUGCAUCUUAUCUUUCCAUCUGAUGCCAAGCUGUUAAAGUUGGUUUGUGUAAAACUUUGAUUUCUCAUAUGUAUGACAUGGCUAUUCCCCCCUUAAUGCACAGAUUUGCAUUAUUGCGAGUGUUGGACUUGCUACCCGUCUCCAUUACCCAACACCUCUUAGCUGUACAUUCUAACCCCCCAUGAAUAUGUCUUUAGGCACACAAGGUGUUGCUUGUUUUAUAUUCCAUGGAUAGAUAACCAGGUGUAAAAUAAACAUCAUGUUGCGGUCAAUGAGGUCAGAACACUUAACUGUUUUUCUCCCCCCGCAAAUGAAGUAAGAAAAUGUUUCAGACUGAAAAUAGAAUGUUGAAUGAACAAAACCUCAUAAAAUGACUUAGUUAAGGUUUCGAAAAAGUGUUGGUUAUUAUUUGUAUUGUCCAUGAUUUUAAUUCAAAUAAAUAUAAAUUAUUUAUACAUACUGAA